AUGCCGUCUUCCCAAAAUGACAAUUCGAACUUGGCAUGCAAGCGCGCUGUUCUCAGCCUCAUUCUUUUCAAACCUUUCCGAAGUUUGGCAGACCUCAUUAGUGAGUCGGUGGACUGUGCAGAUGCAAUGGUCUGGCAAUCAGCACUGGAUGUUUGGCUACCAACGCGAAGUACGCUUGUUGAAACGAUCAUGAUAAAUAUGCAGGAUUAUUACAUUGGCCAACAAAGGGCAAAGGCUGAAAGCGCAGCUCAUGCUGAAGCAGCAGUGAUAAAUCAUCGUGAAGGCGACGUUGAAGCUGAUGAGGAUGGCAAUAAUGACAGUGAUGAAAUCUAUGGCGAUAACGCAGUUGACCAGGAUUAUAUACUGAACGAUGAUGAUAUGUCCGUUGAUGAAGACAUGAUGAAUAUUCGGGAAAAUGGCGGCGGCGAUGCGGUAGUAUUGGACAGCUAA